GUGUGUGUCCAGGUUACACAGUAACAUCGGUGGUGUCGGCCAGGAACGGUCGGCUGUACGUGGCAGGGGCACCGCGGUUCAACCAUACUGGCAAGGUCAUCAUCUUCACCCUGAAGAACACUGGUAACCUCACCAUCCUGCACUCCCUCAAAGGACAACAGAUCGGGUCGUACUAUGGGAGUGAGAUCUCCCCAGUGGAUAUAGAUGGUGACGGAGUAACAGACAACCUACUGGUGGCAGCUCCUAUGUUCUUCAGUGGAGGCUGGGAGAAGGGCAAGGUGUACAUCUACAGAGUGACUGAGCUGAAUCGUUUCGUCCUGGAGGGAGCGUUGGAGAUCCAGGACCAUGGUCAGAACGCUCGGUUCGGCUCCUCGCUGGCCCCGGUCCCUGACCUGAACGGGGACGGCUUCAACGACGUGGUGGUGGGGGCUCCUCUGGAGGAUGACCACAGAGGAGCCAUCUACGUCUUCUUCAGCCAACGCAACAGGAUUCUGCGGAAAUACAAACAGAGGAUAGCUGCGUCAGACAUCGCUAGUGGCCUGCGCUACUUUGGCCGUAGUAUCCAUGGCAGUAUGGACAUGAAUGAGGAUGGCCUGGUGGACUUGGCCGUGGGGUCCCUGGGGGCAGCCGUGCUUCUAUGGUCUCGCAGUGUCAUCCGAAUUCACGCCAACAUCAGGUUUGAACCCAGCAAGAUCAACGUCUUUGUGAAGGACUGUGAGAGGGGAGGCAAGGACGUGACCUGCAUGUCAGCCAUAGUGUGUCUAAACGUCACUGCCCGGACAGCCAUACUUCCUACACAGGAAGUGG